AUGAUAUCUGAGAGUUCUCAAGAAUCGCUCAUGAAGGGGAAGGAGGUGACGAUUGGGUGCCUUGUCGCAACGGACGUCGCUGAAGGCAUUCACAUGCUCGCAGGCAGUGUGAUGGCAGUGGAUGCGAUCAACAGAGACCCCUCCAUCCUCCCACAUCACCAUCUGCGCCUCACCACGGCCAACUACUCCAUGACUGCCCCCAUCGCCAGCAUGAUGGCUGCCUACAGCGUGGUGAGGCAGCGGCCAGUGGCAGUGGUGGGGCCGCACACAUCGGAGCAAGCAGCGCUGCGGCCAGUGGCAGUGAUAGGGCCGCACACAUCGGAGCAGGCAGCGCUGGUGAGCCCAUUCGCCACGGCCACUCAAGUGCCCUUCGUGUCCGCCUCUGCCACGGACGCGCAGCUCACUGUGGGCGGCACACGACCCUUCUUCAUGCGCACUGUGCAGAGCGACGGCCACCAGAUGCGCGCCAUUGCCGGUGGGUGGGUGUGUGCUCUCCCGUUUUCCCUGUAUCUCCCACCAGGUGAGAGCAACGGGCAUCUGGUGCAAGCCAUUGCAGACAUUCUGGCAAUAUACCAGUGGAAGGCAUUUAUCGCCAUUCACAGCGACGACCGAUACGGAGGCAAUGGCAUCACAGCGCUGGAAGCAUGCGUGCUUGCACUCAAUCAGCGCCUGCAGGUGCUGCUAGAGGUGGAUACGGCUGUGUGUGUGCUGCACACGUCCACUGCCGUUGCCACAGCCGUCAUUCUAGCAGCCACGUCCCUCCGCUUCUGUCCAUCUUUCUCGCUGCCUGCUCCCAUUGUGCAGCGAACAGGCUGGGUCUGGCAUGAUAGUGACGGCCACGAACAUCCCUACCUCCGCUCCCCUGACUGCCUUCAUCUCAAAGUGCUCACCCUCGACCCUGUGCGCUUCCCCAACGUCAGCCGCCAGUGGUUCCAUGCUGCGAGCAGCCAUGCUGAGAACGACGUUCGUGGGCGCAUCAGGCACCAUCUCCCUGUCCCCUGGGGCGACCAGCAGAGCAACCUCACCUCGCAUCCUCAACAUCCACCACAGUCAAGCCUCAUGCUCUCCCCUCCCGACCCUGCCUUCUAUCCCCCUCGCUUCAAGUGGGGCCCCAUGCUGCGAGCAGCCAUGCUGAGAACGACGUUCGAGGGCGCAUCAGGCACCAUCUCUCUCUCCCCCUGGGGCGACCAGCAGAGCAACCUCACUCGCAUCCUCAACAUCCACAGCCAAGCCACUGACCAGUCAACUCAGUCAACUCAGUCAACAAAGUCCCCUAUGGAUGCCACUAGUGCAGUCACUGGGUCAGUGAGCCUGCAAGGGAAACGUGGAGGUGGUACCUGUGGGCUACUGGUCUCCCACGCGCCGCCUCUAUCAAACAACAGCUGCUUCGGUGAGGCUUAUGAGAGUGUGACUGCCGGAGCUGCAACUGGGAGCAGGCGUCUUUGUUGA